AUUCCUUGUUAUCUAAGAAACCAUAUGAUUGCGACGUUACCUCGUACUAACUCAAAAUGGCAUUGAUCGGAGGAGAAGGUUUCUCAGUUACGUUUUGGACGCUGUGUGAUUCUGUUAAGCAGGUGAAGGAUGCACUCAUGAUCAAAUCCCAGCUGGGGGAUAUCAAGUCCACUUUGGAUUCUUUGGAGCCACUGAUCAAAGAGAUGGCAGAUUGUGGGAAGGAAUUGGGUGAUCAAGGGGAGGAACUCGAGAGUCUUAGAGUGAAAAUGGAAGAGGGAGUUGAGAUUAUUCGCAAGUGCUCGAAAGUGAGUAGGUUCAAGAAGUAUAAGUAUGGCAACAGACUUGUUGAAUUGAGCAAGGCACUUCAGAGGCUGUUGGGGAUACUGAAAGUGCAGGGCAUAAGGGAUGUGAAGAAGGCUUUGGUUUCGGUGAGGAACGUUGGGAAUGUGGUGCAGAGGAUUGAAGAGAAUCGUGUGAUACAGAACAAUCAGUCUGCGAAAAUUCAAGGGUGGUGUGCUGUAACUGAGCCUCCUACGAUUACUGUUGGAUUGGAUGUGCCUCUCAGAGAAUUGAAGAUGAAGCUCUUUACUGACGGAGUUUCAAUGGUGAUACUUACUGCUCCUGGAGGAUGUGGCAAAACUACCCUGGCUGCAAAGUUGUGCCAAGAUGCAGAAAUCAAAGAUACAUUCAAGAGCAAUGUCUUCUUUGUUACUGUUUCAAAUAAGCCCAACUUAGUCCUCAUUGUACAAGAGCUACAUCAUCGAACGGGUGCCGUAGUCCCUGACAUUCAAAGUGAAGUAACAGCAGUCAGCUGGCUGCAGCAAUUUUUGAAGCAAACAGGACAAAGUCCUAUGUUGUUAGUCCUGGAUGAUGUCUGGACUGGAUCAGAAUUCAUUCUUGAGAAGUUUGAUGACCUAAAAAUGACAGAUUACAAGAUAUUGGUAACAUCAAGGUUUGCUUUUCCAAGAUUUGGUUCACCAUAUCAUUUAGAAUGUUUGAGCAAUGCAGAUGCAAUGGCACUUUUCCACCAUGCAGCAUCUUUAGGAGACAGGAGCUCCUAUAUAUCAGCAGAUCUUUCGCAAAAGAUAGUAGAACGUUGUAUGGGAUUUCCACUUGCAAUUACAGUUCUUGGACGAUCACUCUGUGGGCAGCCAACAGAGAUUUGGGAAAAAAGAGUACUGGAAUGGUCUAAAGGUUCUUCCGUUCUUGAAACUGAACAUGAUUUGCUUAAUUGCCUCCAAAGUAGCUUAGAUGAUUUGAAUGAAGAGAAGCCUCUCAUUGGAAAAUGCUUCAUAGACCUUGGUUUAUUUCCCGAAGAUAAUAGAAUCCCUGCUGCUGUCCUCAUUGAUAUGUGGGCAGAGUUAUAUGACAUACAUGAAGAUAUUUCGUCUGUUAUAAACCUCUAUGAACUUGCCAAUAGGAGUUUGGUUAAUCUGGUACUCACAAGGAAGGACAGCAAGGAUAGCGAUGGCUAUUACAGUGAACACUUCGUUACACAACAUGACAUGCUGAGGGAGCUGGCUAUCCAACAGAUGAGUCAGGAAUCACUACAACAGAGAAUGAGACUGUCAAUCGACAUAUGCGGAGACAACCUUCCUAUGUGGUGGAAAGAACAAAACUAUCAAUCCUUCAUUGCACGCCUUGUAUUAAUCUCGACAGACGAAGAGUUCUCAUCCACAUGGAAAAACUUGGAACUACCAGAAGCAGAGGUUUUGAUUUUGAAUUUUCAUACCAAAUAUUAUGCCUUACCUGAGUUCAUGAAGAAAAUGGAUAAACUGAAGACUCUUGUACUCACAAGUUACAGUACCAGUCCUACUGAGUUGAAUAACGCUCAACUCGUUGAUUCGGUACCAAGUAUAAAGAGAAUCAGAUUGGAGCGAAUUUCAAUUCCUUCAAUUAGCAGGUAUCCUAUACAGUUGAAAAGUUUGAAAAAGAUUUCUCUAUUCAUGUGUAGCAUUGGCCAAGGUUUUGGUAACGGUUCCAUGCAUAUAUCAGAGGCGUUCCCGAAUCUUGUUGAAAUGAAUAUUGAUUACUGCAAUGAUCUGGUGGAGUUGCCUCACCAACUAUGUGACCUUAUUCAACUCAAGAAACUCAGUGUCACCAAUUCUCAUAAGCUCUCUGCCUUACCCGAAGACAUUGGAAAUCUUGUAAAUUUAGAGCUGCUGAGGCUUAGGUGCUGUACAGACUUAUCAGAGUUACCCAGCUCCAUAAGGAAUCUCAAGAAGCUGAACUUGUUUGACAUAUCGGAUUGCGUUAGCAUCAAGGAAUUGCCUGAAGACAUUGGAGAACUUUGCAAUUUAGAAAGGCUCAACAUGCAACAGUGCUCGAGAUUAAAUGAGUUGCCAUCUUCAGUCUUGGAUCUCGCACGCUUGAAGGAAGUGACAUGCGAUGAAGAGACAGAAAUCUUAUGGGAACCCUUCUUACCGUAUCUCACAAACAUGCAUGUAAAGGUUGUGAAAGAAGAAAUCAACCUGAAUUGGCUCCACAUGUCUCAUUUCUGAGAGCUUUCUUUAUUCAAAAUUAUAAAUGCUGCAGCACUGCUGGUAUGAUUCGUCUCAAAGGAACCUUAAUAAUCUGAACCCUCUGGACAUAUCCGAUGAUUAAUUGCCCGGGAAAUUUGAAAGGAAGCUCAAUAUCAGACAGUAUAGCUAUUGUGGAUGUUGAACAGUUAAAUAUGUGGUUGAUAAUGAGAGGAAUGUUUAUGGGAACCUUUUCUCAGCUGGUAAAAGAAAUCAAAGUUCAUGAAUUGGCUUCUUAAGGUUCAUUCUUGAGGAUAGUCUUUUCCUCGUACGCUUGAACAUAUUGGUUGUUUGUUGUAUUUCUUUUGUUCGUUUGUUUUCCUUUUUUUUU